GCCAGACGGGGCAGAUCACAUCACGAUUGACCGGCUCAGUCGACGACGACUUCGCGUAGUCCAUCCACACCCACGGAAAACGCACGUCGUCCCUACUAGAGCCGCGCCGAAUCAAUCCCCGCAGUUGAUUCGACAGGUUGACCCCAUCGUUACAGCAUUGCCCGACGGACACCAUUUCGGAGGUAACGAAAUCCAUUUUGAACGUGUUUCGGCGAAACACGUCGUCCAAGUCGCUUGAUCAGCAUUACCUGGCUUCUUCGAUGAAGUCAGCGCCGCCGCCGUCACCCCAGUGUGCGCUGGGCGAGCACGAACGAACGCCUGCAACCCGUCAUCAUUCGUCGAUCACUGUGUCCCAGAGGCACCAGCAUACCCACGCCCUCAACAGUUCGAACUACUUUGAAAAGGCUGCGAAAAAGGAGAACCGCACCAUUUCGCAGAUCAAGAAUGGCCUGCGCAGCAUCACACACAAGGCGUCGUCCCUCUUUGACGACUCGACAUCCUCCUCAUCCACGUCAUCUCGGCGUCCCUAUCCACCAAGCCAUUCAUCCAGUUCCAGCGAACAUUCCCGCACCAGUUCCCAGGUCACGCUGUGUCAGUCCCCCAGCACGACGCCGAUCGAUGGCCUUCACAUCCAUGAUGCCGCGAGUCCGAGGUUGACGGCCCCGGACGACUCGGACGACGAGCAUGCGAUCACCACCUACAUCCGGGACCUGACUCCUGACCCGCGCAAGAUCCUUCGAGGCCGCGGCAGCUCAGCGCUUGUCCGCGCCGUGAUCCGCGCCAACAUGAUCGAUUGCAUGUCAUGCAAGUGGGCAUCCGGGUACUUUUCGUACGUGUCGUACGGGGUUCGGCAAAAGCAACUCUCCACGCUCGAAGCCAACUCGCUGCGGUGGCUCAUCUGCCAGUACAUCAUUCUCGAGGCCACGCGGCGCAACGCCGUCCAGCAGGUGCUUCGCGACCAGCUCACGCGCAAGCUCACCGACUUCCGCAUCGCCGUCCAAUGUGUGUCGGGCAUGACUGUGGUCAAGUACGGGCGCAAGGGCAAACCGCACGCGACGCAGCUGCUGGUCGAGAACGCCGACGUGAUCCGGUGGACGCCCAAGCUGGGCCACCAUCUGACGUCGAUGCUGCAGCAACACAAGCACAAAAGCAUCUCACUAUCGACCGUGAUUUCCGUCCAGAGCGGAAUCAAGAGCGACGUGUUCCGCAAGGCGUACAAGGACGCCAAGGGCAUGCUGGACCCGGCCUGCUGUCUCUCCCUCGUCACCCCCACGCGGUCGCUGGACGUGGUCACAACCAGUCGGCAGCAGUGCGACUGGCUGCAGCGCAGUGUCCAGCUCAUGGUCGCCCAAGCCCACGAGAACGAGAAGAAGGCCAGCAUGCACGUGGAAACGACCAUCAUGAAGAAACUCGGGAGUAUGACCGUACACAAGCACGGGCGCAAGGGCCGACCGCACAAAACCAACUUGAACGUCGACAAGUACGGCGAAAUCACGUGGAAGGGCAAGAGCGGCGGCGCCAUCUUGCUCCAGGAAGUGCUCGAGCUGCGGCUGGGCCACGCGACUGCUGUAUUUCACCGCGUGUCGACGCAAAAAGCCAACAACCCCAAUCACUGUCUGUCGCUGGUCACGGCAUCCCGGACAUUGGAUUUGGAACUGCAUUCAGAAAGUGAACGGGAUUACAUGGUCAUUGCUUUUCGAUAUUUAUUGAACAAGAUGCGCGAUCGAGCCCGAGAAGCAAAACGCAUGAAAGCCGAGCGAGGGGUCCGCAUGCUACAGGAAGCAUAUCAGUAUCAUGCCAGUCGGAUGCAAGUACAAGCCCAACCCGUUGGGUACGACCUGGAGCGAUACCCCGGCAGCAGCCUCCCGCCGUCCCCCACGGCGUCGUCCUCGUACUUGCCAUCUCCAUUUGCUUCGUCGUCCUCUGUCGAACGGUAUCCGCCAUCUCCGUCGGCGCAACCGCUUCCAUACCCGCAAGCACCGCACGCGCUGUCGCAGUUUCGGGUGGAGUCCAAGCAAGGAUUAACAACCCCACAAGCAGUAGCAUCACCAAAACCGUCCAAGGCGCUGCUGCUGCCGCCCCACCAAUUCCCCUCGUCAAACUCGUCUAUGAGAGUGAUGAAACAAUCAUUGGUGCCUUCCGCCACAUCGUAAUCUAAUAUAUGUACCCCUCGCCA